AUGACAGAAGGAUCAAGACUGAAGGAGCAGGAUCAAGACAGCAGGAUCAAGAUAGCAGGAUCAAGACAACAGGAUCAAGACAGAAGGAUCAAGACAGAAGGAUCAAGACAGCAGGAUCAAGACAGAAGGAUCAAAACAGCAGGAUCAAGACAGCAGGAUCAUGACAGAAGGAUCAAGACUGAAGGAGCAGGAUCAAGACAGCAGGAUCAAGAUAGCAGGAUCAAGACAACAGGAUCAAGACAGAAGGAUCAAGACAGAAGGAUCAAGACAGCAGGAUCAAGACAGAAGGAUCAAAACAGCAGAUCAAGACUGAAGGAGCAGGAUCAGGACAGCAGGAUCAAGACUGAAGGAGCAGGAUCAAGACAGCAGGAUCAAGACAGCAGGAUCAAGACAGCAGGAUCAAGACAGCAGGAUCAAGACAGCAGGAUCAUGACAGAAGGAUCAAGACUGAAGGAGCAGGAUCAAGACAGCAGGAUCAAGAUAGCAGGAUCAAGACAACAGGAUCAAGACAGAAGGAUCAAGACAGAAGGAUCAAGACAGCAGGAUCAAGACAGAAGGAUCAAAACAGCAGUAUGA